AUGUCUUCACGAGCAUCAUCUCCACACUAUGAUGAGAGACGCAACCCUCCCGCGACGGCUCCGUCUAGCAGUCGCGCUGAACAGCCGGCUGGGGGCGAGCGACAGGCUAAGCGCAUGAAAUAUACGCCGCGAGCAUGUGAGCAAUGUCGUCGACGGAAGCUGCGUUGCACAGGAGAGCGCCCGUGCGAACGUUGUGUGCGAGGCAAGGAGCACUGUUCGUUGCUUGAUGAGGAUCCGAACGGUAAACCCCGUCGUCCAAGGAAUCCCGUCCCCGUCCCCGCCAAUACCGCCGUUGACGCCGGUGCCGUCCCUCGCCCGUCUCAGGUCGCAACUGGCUCCAGCGGUCAGCAGCCCGACCUCAUCGCGCUGCUCCUGGACAGACUUGACAGCCUUGAGCACAACACAGCCAUGAUGAGUAGGGCCUUGGGGAAUGCCGGUAUCAGGUUCUCUCCUCCCGAUGAGCGUGAACGUAGGCGUCAUGGAUCUGGAUAUCCGACCACUUCGAACGCGUACCCAGAAACGUCGUCUUACUCCCUUGAGGACCGCCAUCGUGCGACACGGGAGAGCUGGGGUGGGGCUGGUCAUUCAACUAUGCCUAGCCCUGAGCCCGAUGCGUAUGCGGCCCACACCGCUCUGACUCAACCAGUCGAGGGGCUGGGCGCCAUCCUCGCCGAUGAGCUAGAGACUACAGGUGUAUCUCUCACACGUCGUUUUCACCGUUCCCCCGAUCCAGAUGUGGGGCCGUUCCAGCCUCCCGGGUUUGGUCCUGGUCCAAUGGAUCGCACACCCUCCGAUUCUUGGACGAUUCGCCUAAAGCCUCCCCCUGGACGAACACUGAGUGUCAGAUGCGGACCAGUGCUCUGUUUCUUGCCCACGCAUGCUCGACACGACGACUACCUCGACUUCUUCUUCACUCAGAUCAACCCUUUCCUGCCAUGCCUGAAUGAGAACGGCGUCCGCCAACGCAGCAGUGCCAUUUACGAACGCGCGUUUGGCCCCAGUGCGGCGGAACGCGAACCCGCUUUGCGGUUCACGCUUGGGCCGUACCUUGCCUUAUUGUUCAACCUCUACGCCUGUGUUGACAUAUUCAAGCGAACACCUGGAGCGGAGGGUCAGGAAGCUGAAGGCUACGCGUGGUUUCGACAGGCGCAGGAGCUCAUCGGUCGCCGCCAAAUCCCAGCUGCCGGUGGGGAUCUGACUGGUAUCCAAAUUGUUAUUCUUCAAUCGCUUUUUCUCUCCCACCGCGGCAACCUCGACAGCGCCUACAUCGCCAUUGGCCGAGCUCCGAGACUCUGCUACCAGCACGGUGUGAACAAUGCGGCCAACUGGACCAAGAUGUCGGCGUUCCGUCUCCACAUGCGCCAACGCGUCCUAUACGUCUCAUUCUGCCUUGACCGACGUCUAUCCUUCAUGUCCGGAAGGCCAUACGGCAUGCACACCAGGGACAUCAACAUGUCCCAACCAGAUGGCAUUAUCGACUCGAACGCCUAUCUAGACCAAACACUUCCCCCUCCGUCGUCGGCCAGCACCUUGCAGCCUUGGCUGGGGGCCUUGACUGCCUACGCCAAGUUUACUGGUCGUGCAUGGGAUGAGAUCGCUUGUCCAACGGCAAGUGCCGAAGAUCGGCCAGCGCUCGUUGACGCGCUGGACGCAGAUAUCAACCACUGGCUCAUCCAGUUUGAAUGUGGUACAGCACUGGACGCGGAGGAUAGGACGCCUAUCCAGAAGCAACAACGUCUAAUCAUCAGAACUCUCAUGUGGGACCUCCGCCUCGUACUCCGUCGCAGCCAGAUUAUCCAGAAUCAGUUUGACGACCGCGUGGGCAACCUCUGCGGCGAAUUGGCGUGCUCCGUCGUCGAGGCAAUCUAUCACGCAUCGUUCGAGGCCAGCUGGAGUCGAGCGUAUUAUCUCAAGGCGCACGCACCCACUAUCCUCUUCUCCCCGAUCAUCGUCCUGGCAACGCUGCUGAUCCGUUACCCUGGCAAUUCGUUCGUUACCUACAGACUCCGAUUCCAGCAGGCAGUCGAAGUGAUCGAGCGUCUGGCAACCGAGUUGGCUGCGGCAGCCCACAUCGAGUCGUUGAUCAACGAAAUUGUUCGUCUCACCAAUGCCAGCAUCAAAGCGAGAGAAGGUGGUAAAGAUGCCACGGCCGAGCUGUACCAGGACGCGGCGUCGAUUCUCGACUUUGGCGACCUGUUCUCCACCGAAAUACAAAACCUCACAAACCACGGCAGUGCGUUCUUCCAUGAAGUGGCCACCCCGCGGAACGAAUGGGACGUCCUCACGGGAGGCAGCGGCAGCAGUGGUCAGCCGUUGGAGGAGGGGUUCUCUUGGGAUACGCUCUUUGCCGCAUUCCCGUCAUACGAGCAGCUUUGA